CUGCUAAAAUUUUAACACACCUAAAGCUGCUCAAAAGCACCUUUCUACGGGAUUUUAAUUCGACGCUUUUUUCUCUUUCUCUCUUUCUUUCUUUUUCUUUAAAGGUUAGAUAGGUAAUACAGCCCCACGACACGUAAAAAGACAUGGAACGUAAAUCGCGCUCUUCGAGAUUGAAUGAAGAUUUGAACGAUGAGUCUAAUCUCUGGAAACAAAUAUGUUCUUCUCUUGUCAAACUAGAGACCAUACGAAAAGAAGAAGAAACGAUUAUCAGCAGCAUUAAUAAAAUACAAGUCUCUAUGGAAGACGAAAAAGGUGUCAAUCAGUUCAUUCAGCAGAAACUAAGGGACAAUUACAGACGUGGUAUUGAAUUAUCCACGCAUGAGACAAGAAUGAUCCAUGAUAUUAUCGAAAAGAUUUCAGUCUUGAUUGCACUAAGAGAGAAUUUAGAUCAAAAGAAGAAGAGAAGGAAACUAGAAGUGGAUACAAAAAUGCAUCUGUUUACAAAGGGCACCACAGUGGCUGCCAGACAACCUUCAAAAGACAAGAAUGAAGAAUGGAUUUUGGCUGUUGUGAUUCAAUAUCAUGCAGACAAGAAUAAAUAUGAAGUAGAAGAUGUGGAUCAAGAUGAUUAUGGACAAAAGCAACGAUACAUGUUACCACCACGGUAUGUCAUUCCUGUCUUGAGUUCUGAAGAAGCAAGGUUGUCUGUCGAGAUUCCUGCACAACAAGAUGUUCUCGCAUUAUACCCUGGUACUACUUGCUUUUAUAAAGCCACUGUUGUUGCUCCUCCUAGUAAAAGCAAAGAAAUCAAGAAUUAUCGAGUUCGAUUUGAAGAUGAUAAUGAUGAAGUGAAAUAUGUCAUGCCUGAACAUUAAAUUAUCCCAACUGCCUGUACAUAAAGCCAUACCAUCAGACGAUAAGCCUAAACAAGAGACACGAUUUUCAUGUCCUGUCAAGACACCCACUCUUUCUGCUUUUAAUGUGUCCCAUACA